AUGUAUCGGCCAGCUCUGACCAGGCUGCUGCUCUUGCAUCUGCUCCUGAUCAAGCUCCACAGCGCCAGAGGCUCCGGGAAGGAGUGCGAAGAGAACCAGUUUCAGUGCCGGAACGAGCGGUGCAUCCCUUCCAUUUGGAAAUGUGACGAGGACGAUGAUUGUUUGGAUAAUAGUGACGAAGCAGACUGCCCCAAGAAGACUUGUGCAGAGUCCGACUUUACCUGCAACAAUGGUCACUGCAUCCCAUCCAGAUGGAAGUGCGAUGGAGAGGAGGAAUGUUCAGAUGGAUCUGAUGAAUCCGAAUCAAUGUGCACCAAACAAGUAUGUCUAGCUGAAAAAAUUAGCUGUGGAGACUCCAGCAAUAAAUGCAUUCCUGCAUCUUGGAAAUGUGAUGGAGAAAAAGACUGUGAAAGUGGAAUUGAUGAGGCUGGUUGCACUAACAUCUGUUCUUCAAGUGAAUUCCAGUGCAGCAACAAGACCUGCAUAGCUACAAUCUUUGUCUGUGAUGGUGAUGAUGAUUGUGGUGAUGGCAGUGACGAGAGGAAGUGCCCUCCCUUCACUUGCAACCCGAAUGAGUUCCAGUGCAACAAUAGCCUGUGCAUCCCACAGAUUUGGGUGUGUGACAAACAGCCUGAUUGUGAGGACCUCUCAGAUGAGUCCAUGGAGAGGUGUGGGUACAAACUCAAACCACAAAUCGUGAGCACCUGUGCAGCGCAUGAGUUCCAGUGUGGCAAUGGGGAAUGUAUCCAUUUGAAUUGGAAAUGUGAUGGAGAUGAAGACUGCAAAGACAAGUCAGAUGAACAAGAUUGUUCCUUGGUGACCUGCAGCCCUGAUGAAUUCCAGUGUGGUGAUGGGACCUGUAUCCAUGGAGCUAAACAGUGCAACAAAGUGCACGAUUGCCCUGACAACAGUGAUGAAGCUGGCUGCCUUAAUGAGGCGGCGUGCAAGAGUCCCACCAAAUUUCAGUGUAAAAGUGGAGAAUGCAUAGAGGAAGUCAAGGUGUGCGAUUCACACAAGGACUGCAGGGACUGGUCCGAUGAGCCUCUAAAAGUUUGUGAUGUGAAUGAAUGUGCCUUGAACAAUGGUGGUUGUUCCCAUAUUUGCAAGGACUUGAAGAUUGGCUAUGAAUGUGAAUGUCCUCCUGGAUACACGCUUAUGGACAAGAAAACGUGUGGAGAUAUAGAUGAAUGUGAGAAUCCAGAUGCGUGUAGCCAGAUCUGCAUUAACUACAAGGGGGACUAUAAAUGUGAAUGUUAUGAUGGUUAUGAGAUGGACACCCUGUCUAAAAACUGCAAAGCCAUAGGAAAGAGCCCAUACCUUGUUUUCACAAACCGCCACGAAGUACGCAAGAUUGAUCUGGUGAAAAAGGAUUACUCUCGCAUCAUCCCCAUGCUGAAGAAUGUGGUUGCUUUGGAUGUGGAAGUGGCAACAAACAGGAUAUACUGGUGUGAUUUAUUCUACAGGAAGAUAUACAGUGCCUACAUAGAUAAAGCCAGUGACACAGCUGAGCAGAUGGUUCUGAUAGACAGCCAGUUACACUCUCCGGAAGGUCUGGCAAUGGAUUGGGUCCACAAGAACAUUUAUUGGACGGAUUCAGGAAACAAAACCAUUUCUGUAGCCACAGCUGAUGGGCAUAAGAAGAAGACACUUUUCAGUACUAACUUAAGUGAACCCAGAGCUAUUGCGGUGGAUCCCAUACGGGGAUACAUGUAUUGGUCUGACUGGGGAGAUAUAGCAAAAAUUGAGAAAUCUGGCUUGAACGGUAUGGAUCGGCAAGUGCUCGUGACAGACAACAUCGAAUGGCCCAAUGGAAUUACACUAGAUUUGCUGAAUCAACGUCUCUACUGGGUUGAUUCCAAGUUGCACUUGCUUUCAAGUGUAGAUUUCAAUGGGAGCAACCGGAAAGUUCUCAUCUCUUCUGUGGACAACCUGAGCCACCCAUUUGGACUGGCUGUGUUUGAGGACAAGGUAUUCUGGACGGACUUAGAGAAUGAGGCAAUCUUCAGUGCUAAUAGAUUGAAUGGUCUAGACAUUUCUAUUUUGGCAGAGAACCUCAAUAAUCCUCAUGACAUUGUAGUUUUUCAUGAACUAAAGCAACCUAAAGCUCCAGAUGUUUGUGAACUUCAUUCUCUGCCAAAUGGAGGGUGUGAAUACCUGUGUCUCCCUGCACCACAAAACUCUCCACACUCACUCAAAUAUACAUGUGCUUGUCCAGACAACAUGUGGUUAGGCCCUGAUAUGAAAAGUGUUACAAAGGGAGAUAGGCAUCCAUAUACAUUGGACAAAAUAAAGCUGUACUUAAUAAUGAUUUCAGAGCUUCCUGCUACCUCAACUGAAUUGCCUACUACUGCUGCUACUCCUACCACAUCAAGAAGUUAUCAUCUGAACUUCACGGCUAUUACUACUGACAGUAUGACUACCACAACCGACAACGUUAGUACAGAAGGAUCAGCAACUACAGCACAAGUCUUUCUCCGCAUGACAAGUCUUCAUUCAAUCACAGUGACAUCCAGCCCAGCUGAUAGUAAAAUAGCAACAGGAAAUAGCAAUCUCUUCCAGCACUGGCAGGCUUUUGGCUCAACUGUGAUGGCAGCCGUUAUCGGAAUUGUUGUUCCUAUUGUGGUGAUCGGCUUACUAUGCACAGGUGGGUAUCUCAUCUGGCGAAACUGGAAGAGGAAAAAUACAAAAAGCAUGAAUUUUGAUAAUCCGGUGUACAGGAAGACUACGGAAGAAGAAGAUGAGGAUGAAAUCCAUAUUGGGAGAACAGUACAGAUUGGUCACGUGUAUCCAGCACGUGUGGCACUAAGUCUAGAAGAUGGGCUACCAUGAGGAAUACACCUACUCCAUUUCCAUGGUUAAUGUAUCAAAAGAAAUGCACUGAACCUGUCUACUGUGGCUAAUGGGAUCCACCUUCUUCUCUUUCCUUCUCCUCUCCUUUAUAUUUAUGUUGCAAAAGGGUAACCACAAAGUUGUAAUGAACUGCAAACAUCCAAAGGAUGUGAGAGUUUUGUAUGUAUAAUCUUUUAUACACCCUUUUAACUUCUUGCACUAUCCAUCUGUAAUAGUGAGGAGCCUACUCUACUACUGAAUGCUGCCAGCCCAACCCAAGGAUCAGCAGCUUACACAUCAUUUCUAAAAAUUAUAUUUAUAGAUGUUUUGUAAAUAUGUCAAGCAUACCUUGUGGCUGUCUUAUCAACAUACGGACAGAGAGAUCUGUAUAAACCAUUUAGAAUAUUUAUUAACAAAUUCUGAAUAUCAAAUUUGAGCUGUAUAUAUGUAGAGGACAAGAGUAUUUAUAUUUUUUUUACAUUUGACUCGUAUUGCAGAGAUAAUUUGUAUAUCUAUCAAGGCUGGAUAGGUAUUUAGACAUUCACAUAUAUAAAUAUACAUAUAUGAAUAUAUUUUAGAAAGAAUAGCUCAGCUCUAUGAUAAAUAGAGUAAUUUAAUUCUUAAAGGAUGUUUAGUGAAAACUUUGCUACAGAGUCUAAAACCACUGAGUGAGAAUUAUAGAUGUUACAAUAAGAUAAUCCAAAAUGAUCAAGAAACUAAAGUGUUCCCAUCAUGAACAAACCAAACUCUGCAGAUAAUUCUCAACUUACAACCACUGUGGGAACCAGAAUUUCCAUUGCUAAGCAGGACAGUUGUUAAGUGAACUGAGUGUGAUUUUACUACCAUUUCCAUGGUUAAGUUAACCACUGCAGUUGUUAAGUAAGCCAUGUUAAGUGAGCCAAGUGAAUCUGGUUUCCCCAUUGAAAUUGGCUGGAGAAGUGGAAAAUGGCAAUCAAAUGACUCCAGGAUGGUAACCACAUGAUCCCAAGAUCAGAGAUGGGUUCCUACCAUUUCUCCGAGUAGUAACUUG